AUGAGGCUCUUCCGGAGACGCUACAGCCCCUUGAAGGUGGCUUUGGCAGGCGCAGUCUUCAUCAUCUUCCUCUUCAUCCUGCAGAAGGAUGUGGGGAACAAACAGGCGAGCGAGGAACCCUGGCUGAAGAACAUUGUCCAGGGGAAGGACCAAGUCCUCGACCUGAUGCUGGGGGCGGUCAACAACAUCCGAGACUCGAUGCCGAAGCUGCAGAUUGGAGCUCCGGUGCAGCAGGAGGAACCAGUGCCCGGGGCUCGCUCCUGCCUGCCUGGUGUCUACACAGCAGCUGAGCUUCAGCCGCUGAUGGAGAGACCCCCCCAAGACCCUGCCAGCCCUGGGGCCGACGGCAAAGCCUUCAAGAAGGAUCGCUGGACGCCAGAGGAGACGAAGGAGAAGGAGCGAGGUUACGAGAAGCAUUGCUUCAACGCCUUCGCCAGCGACCGCAUCUCCCUGCAGCGAGCACUGGGCCCCGACAGCCGCCCACCGGAGUGCAUUGACCAGAAGUUCAAGCGGUGCCCGCCCCUGCCCAGCACCAGCGUCGUCAUCGUCUUCCACAACGAAGCUUGGUCGACGCUGCUGCGGACGGUGUACAGCGUCCUGCACACCUCCCCGGCCCUGCUGCUGAAGGAGAUCAUCCUGGUGGACGAUGCCAGCACGGAUGAGCACCUGCAGGCCGAGCUGGAUCGCUACGUGGAGCAGCUGCAGAUCGUGCGAGUCGUGCGGCAGGCGGAGCGCAAGGGGCUGAUCACAGCGCGGCUGCUGGGGGCCAGCGUGGCCAGUGGGGAGGUUCUGACCUUCCUGGAUGCUCACUGCGAGUGUUUCCACGGCUGGCUGGAGCCCCUCCUGUCCCGCAUCGCCGAGGAGCCCACAGCCGUGGUCAGCCCUGACAUUGCCACCGUCGACCUCCACACCUUCGAGUUCUCCAGGCCGGUGCAGCAGGGCAAGCAGCACAGCCGGGGCAACUUCGACUGGAGCCUGACCUUCGGCUGGGAGCUCGUCCCGCCCCGCGAGAGACAGCGCAGGAGGGACGAGACCUUCCCCAUCAAGUCCCCAACCUUUGCCGGUGGCCUCUUUGCCAUCUCGAAGUCCUACUUCGAGCACAUUGGCUCCUAUGAUGAUCAGAUGGAGAUAUGGGGGGGUGAGAACGUGGAGAUGUCCUUCAGGGUCUGGCAGUGUGGAGGCCAAGUAGAGAUCAUCCCUUGCUCCGUCGUGGGUCAUGUCUUCCGCUCCAAGAGCCCCCACACCUUCCCCAAGGGCACCCAGGUCAUCUCCAGGAACCUGGUGCGCCUGGCUGAGGUCUGGAUGGAUGACUACAAGGAGAUCUUCUACAGGAGGAACCAGCAAGCUGCACAGAUGGCCAGAGAGAAGACGUAUGGUGACAUUACAGAGCGCCGCAGGCUGAGGGAGCAGCUCCACUGCAAGAACUUCACCUGGUACCUCCAGAACGUCUACCCGGAGAUGUCUGUCCCCGACCUGACUCCAGCUUUUUACGGAGCAAUAAAAAACGAGGGCACCAAGAGCUGCCUGGACGUCGGUGAGAACAACCAGGGUGGGAAACCACUCAUCAUGUACCCCUGCCACGGGAUGGGGGGCAACCAGUACUUUGAGUACACAAGCCAGAGGGAGCUGCGGCACAACAUCGGCAAGGAGCUGUGCCUGCAGGCGCGCGCGGGCACAGCCGAGCUGGGCACCUGCCAGUACCGAGGGAAGCCUGGGCAUGUGCCAGCCAGUGAGGAGUGGGACCUGACACAGGACCAACUGAUUAAAAACCCAGCAUCCAGCACCUGCCUGACAGCACGAGGGAAGCACCCAGCAAUGGCUCCCUGCAACCCAGCAGACCCCCACCAGCUCUGGUCCUUCACCUAA